AUGUCUCGGUCGGGCUUCAGCAUACGGAGGCUUAUCUCCCCUCGCCGAUCACAGACUACCGGAGAGCGCCGUCGCUCGGGAGACUCUACCAGGAGCGAUGACCUUUUUCUUUUCAAGCCCCGACGGAAGCAGCACACAUCAAAGUCUUGGACGCCGGUUAGACGCCCAUCCAAUCCUACACCAAGGAGACCUUCGAGGGAGGAGGCCCUCGUACGAAGAUCACAAAGCAUCAAUAGGGCCCAGGUCGAGGAGUCUUUCUGCCCCCGGGGAUCACCGCAUUCAUCCUCAAGUUCUUUGUGUAGUUGCAAGUGUCAUACAGACACAGCCUCGGCCGCCAAUAACGAUGGCGCCAUUUGUCCCACUCAAACACAUGGGAGACUCUCUCAAUCUGUGGCGCCAAAACGUCUUGCAGAACGCAGAUGUCUUUACGUCUCUCCUCUGCCGCUGUCAGGUGAUGGUAUGUCUACGUCUAGCCCGACAGAGGCUGAGAUCAGAGCUUUUGAAGCUGGUGAGAUAGACUUGUCGUGUCACCCCGCGCUCAGAAAUAGAUCAACCCCUCCACCAUCUUCUGAGGAAGGAGACGAAGAGGGCGAGGAAGAAGAGAGAAAAGAAGAAAAAGAAGAAGACUCCCUGGGCCGCUGGUCACUUGACUUCCAACAGCUCAUGCAAGAGACAGACGACGCGUUCAAAGCUGUACGGACAGCCAUCGAAGAGGCCAAGAUGGCCGUAUCGAUCUUCCCUUCGCCUUCCAAUGCCGGUCGCUCGUCCACAUCUUCAGCUCCUACUCCGCUUCAGUCGAACUCGCCAAGCCUUCCUCUCAUAAGGCUGCAGAUUCGGAACAGCACCCCGGCGCUUCCUCCUCCGGUAUUCGACGCUCCAAUGUCGCCAGCAUCCAAGCCAAGAAGGAAGUCAAAGAAAUCUCAGAGGUUUAGGACAAGGGCGAAGAAGGCAACCCGUUGGCAACUGGGGGGGGACGUUGCCAAUAUCAUCAGCGGGCAAUUCUUCCGCAGAGUGGAAGUUGAAGAGCUUCUGACGCCGGAUCGUCUCCGUGCGUUACGAACUGAGAGAGAGUCUCAGCCGCAACCACGCCGGUCGAGCGACACUCUCAGGACCAUUAGCACCGACGGUAGCGAGACGCCUGUGGAGCCAUUCCACCUCCAAGACCUCCCCUCUCGGAUAGGAGCGGCGGGGGUCCAGACGGCGGCGUCGUCUGCUGACAAGGUGGUGCCACCCAACACGGUGGACCCGACGGUGCGAUCGAAAAGCUUCUUUAAGGAGAAGUCACCUCGGAGGAAAAAGCCGGUUACAAAGGAAGAGUACGAAGCCGAAGACCCCUCGGCAAACGGGGAGGUCAACGUGCCACCUCCGCCGGCGAAAAACCCGGCAAGGUUUCUAGUCCGUCCUCAAGCACCUCUUUUGCCGACAAUACCUGAAGUCGUCGUCACGACACCAGAAAUCGGGGGAACCCCGACUCGCAGAAGCAACGGAACGGUGGGACGAUGCUUCACACCUGUGGAUGACGAGGACUUCAUCUUUUUCCAGUCCACAAACUACACUUUUAGCCAACCCACCUUCCGACAUGGGCCGGUCCGCUUUGACAAGUCGAAAGUCGUCAAGGGAUUGAAGUUCGACCCCGACGACACGCUUGACUGGACCGCCUUCCAGAUGGCCAUCCUCGGCGGUGCGGGGGAUCUAUUCUCGGACACUACGGACUUCUCGCAGCUAUCAGAGGCCGAAGAGAUUGACGGUCUGGCCGCCUGGUUCGAUGGCUUCGGCUUUGACAGUCACGGCAUCCUCGCCACCGGCGACAAACCAAAGCACCUACCGGAGAAUUAUCCCGCCACUCCCCCAAAUCCCCCCCUCAGGCCGUAUGUUAGGGCCCCUGCGGACAGUGAUCUUCCCAUACCUGUAGGGGCCGAACAUCCCACAGGGUUCUGGAACGAGGGCACCGUCAACGCAUCCAAGUUCCUGACGACGGGGUGCGGCAUCCGGCGGUGGACGAUGGAGGGGCAUCCCAAGCGGUACAACCGCGAGAGCGUCGAGAGUCUGCCCCCCAGCCCGAUGAUGGACCUCGUCAUGAUGAAGGGCUCCGAUGGCAAGCCCGAGGUGGUGCCGAUGGGAUACAAUCUGGGACACGACCUCGGGGACUUUCUGAAGUGGGAGGCGGAAAAUGUCUACGCUGCGGGGGGUACACUGAGCUGA